CCGGUCCGCUGGUAAAUGUCCUCGUCAUAAGUGCAUGGCAGAAACACUGCCUCGUCUCUUUUACUUCUGUAAGACCUUUGAAUAUUCAUUGUUAAAUUAAGGAAAAAACUACCAUGGCUGCGCCGAAUUACUCCCUGAAGACCAACAGAGAGCUGUUGGACCCCAACUUUGAAAGUUACCGGUUGUCCCUGGACGCCAUCCCGACGUACAAAGUAGAGCUGGACGCUGCUGUGGAAGAGGUGACGCUGAAGGACUCCCAGUACACGCUGGAGCACAUGCGCGCCUUCGGCAUGUACAAUCACCUCCACCUGGACCCCUGGUACCAAGACAGCGUCUUGUUUGUGGACUGCAAGGGCCGACUUCUCAGCUUCACCGUCACGUUGGACUCCAUGCUGGGCAAGCCGAGGGAGAUCUUUCGCAUGGAAGCGGAUCGCGGCCGACGCGAAGACCGCCUGAACGCCUCGCUCAGCUUCACGUCAGCCACCUGGGCCGCCCUCUCCGACGGGGCCGGCAGACUCUACCUGCUUCGUACCAGCAAGCGGGGGGAGAGCACCCACUGCAAGUGGGAGCCUCUGUUCAGUGAGGACUUGGGGGAUCCCUUCGUCGUCCUCCACAGCACGUCACACGUCCAGGCCGAGAUCCACACCAUGGAGGUCCUGCUCCUCCGCAUCCUCAAGGACGCCCAGGAGAGCAAAGGAAGUGGCUUCUCCGUGUGGCUGGAGUGGAUCACGGUGGACAACACCGCGGGGCCAGGCCUGGAGAAGAAUUACAAAGUGACCAAGAGGCGUGUCCUGAAGGGGAAGUCGGUGCCCCACUACGCCGCGGUGACGCCGCAGGGCGACGGCCUCAUGGUGGCCUCGGAGAAGCCGUUCGUGGCCACGCACGUGGACGGUCGGCCCCUCAGGCAGCCCGUGACGGAGGCCGUGGAGGUGGAGAAGAAACCAGAACCUUUUUACUUCUGGCAGCAGACCGCAGAGGACAUCACGGCCUGCGUCCGCAUGCCCGAGGGCGUCACCAAAGAAAGCGUCCACUUCCGGCUGACGGCGGACAACAUCAGCCUGGGCGUGCAGGGAGUGGCCCCCUUGCUGGAGGGCCAGCUGUACGCCUCCGUGGACCCCGAGGCCAGCACCUGGGCGAUCAGGGAGGACAGAAGCCUGGAAGUGACGCUGGAGAAGCGCACCGUGGGACCCAUGUGGCCCGAGCUGGUCAUCGGCGACCGCAGAGGGGAGCACGUGAUGAGCGACGAGCAGGCCGCCCUCAUCCUUGAGAGGCUGAACCACCUGACUUCUGAAGACCCGCUCGCCAGCCCCGACAAGGACAAGCCGGCCUGCAACUCCCAGGAGCUGGAGGACUGUGACGGACUACCGGACGACACCUCCAGCCUCACGCACUUCGACGGCGAGUCACUCAAGCCCACUCAGGUGGUGAACCUGGGCAGCCACCAGUACCUGUUCACUGUGGACGUCAACCCCGCCGAGAUGCCGUGUCUGUGCCUGAGGCACGAUGUGGACGCUCUGCUGUGGCAGCCGCGGCCGGACAAGCCCGCCGACAUGUGGGAGCACGUCGCCACCUUCAACGCCCUGGGCUACGUCCAGGCCUCCAAGCGGGACAAGAAGUUCUCCACGUGCUCCCCGGACUUCUCCUACGCGGCGCUGUGCGAGUGCCUGCGCCACGCCUUCAUCUACCGCCAGCCGUCGCCGGUGGACGGCGUCCUCUUCAACAGGAAGCAGGGCCGGCAGGUAGGGCAGGUUGCCAAGCAACAGGUGGCCAGCCUGGACACCGGCAAAACCUUCCUGGGCUUCCGGGCGACCAACGAGCGGCUGUACGUCCUGACCUGCACCAACCUCUUUGUGCUCAAGGUCAACAACAGUUAGGUAGGAGGACUCCAAUCAUUGACGUGAGACAGUAAAUAUGCAUCGACUAGUUCCACAUUACAACAUUAAAAAAAAAAACAUUCCUUCGAGCGCAGGUGUCACACUGAAGGCCACAUCGUUUUAGCCUGGAAAUAUUUGUCAAUAAAGUACUUCAUCUUU